AUGACGAAGUCUACUGCUUCUCAUCCCUUCAACCCACUUGAAAGACGUGUGACGUUUGCUAAAAAGGAUAGCACGAUUGCUGUGUUCGACAGCAAACAGCACACCUCUCGGAUCAGCCAGCACUUCGGACAGUUCGGCAGGGCCGAUGGAGAGUUCCAUCGUCCAGCAGGAGUUAUAGUAUCCAAUUUAGGAGAGAUUUAUGUGGCGGAUACAGGCAACCAACGGAUACAGGUUUUUGACAGCAGUGGAGUGUUCCUCCGUUUAUUCACCACGAGAAUUAACGGAUACACAAAGUCCUGUCCGACCGGCAUUGCGAUCGUUGGCAACAUGUUUCUCGUCACUGAUCCAGUCAACAACGCCGUAAACAUGUUCGACUUCCGAGGAAACUUUACUGGUCACUUCAGUGAAGACACUGUAUUUGAUAGACCAGCUAGUAUCUCCGUUGAUAGAACGUACGGAAUUGUAGCAAUUUCAGAUCAAUUAGGAGUGAGGAUAUUUACAGCGAAAGGAGAACGUAGAGCCGGAGAUAUCUUGCUAGCCGGCCAUAUUGGACCGAUUGCAAAUGAAGUCGCCUGCAACGGUCGUGGGGAGAUCUUACUGUCGUGUUGGUACGACCACUGUGUGAAAGUCUACGACCUCAACAGUGGCUUCAAAACACGGAUAGGAGGCAGGGGGAAUUGGCUGGGUCGUUUGGAGAGGCCCCGUGGGGUGGGGGUGGACAGGCAGGGGAAAAUUGUGGUGUCAGAUGCAGGGAACCAACGAGUCCAACUGUUCGAUCCUCGGGAUCGGCUCGGGUUUUGUCGGCUAGUGGCGGCGCCGGCCGACGGCUUACGAGAGCCGUACGGAGUCCAGGUGUUGUCUGAUGGGAGGUUUGUUGUGGUAGACAACGCGCUGAGUAAGGUUUUAGUGUCAAACAAAUAG